GUGCGUGGUCACUCCAUUUUGCAACAAAGCUUGUCAAACAAAUCUCGCCAUCUUGCAUCCCCGGGGUUAUUCAGAUCCGGGAUCCUCCGUGCUCAUACAUCCUUUGGGAUACGCCGUUCAAUUCUUCUGUCUGACAUGGCCCGGGCGAUGGACUCCCUCUUGUGGUCACGAUGAAGCGCCGGGACACUGCCGAUACCGAUGCAACGGCUGUUGAGCCUCAAGAGCCACAAGUGCAGCCUCCCUCGCUCAAACCGGAGCCAGACCGUCCGCCGAAGCGACGGCGGCAACCAGCGUAUUCGUGCGACUUUUGCCGGAGUAAAAAGCUCAAAUGUUCUGGACAUCCCUGCAGCAGUUGUGUUUCCCGGGGGUUGCAGUGCGUUGGCGGGGGCGACGGAGGGGGCGGGGUGGGAAACCUUGCCUGGACCAGCAGGAUCCAGCCCGGCCGACUGCACGUUGUCGAGGCGGGUCACAGUCACGGUCGGCCAGAACUGCCCAUCUUGGUCCAGACUGUGAUCGCCCCCGGUCCCGGGUCCGGGUCCGGGGACUCGGGCCCUCCGGUCACCAUCACCGUCACUGUCACGGGCCCGGGUUCGACGCAGAUUCAACAACAACAACAACCAAGUCAGCAGCAUCAGCAUGAAGGACCCCAUCCGCCCAGUAACUCCCUGGCAGUUCCAGGUGUGCCAGCGAGGGCACCGACGGGAGCGGCACCCUUGGUCUCAACACCCGCUCGCAUCGAUACCGCAGGCCAGCUGACAGCCAACUUUCUCGACUCAGCCUAUACGCAAGGCGUGUGUGGUUCGGCCCCGCGCACUGGGGGCACCCUAGCUCGAGUUAUCGCCGACGGCACCCUCAUGACACACGACGUGGCCUACUCGUUAUUGCACAUGUUUGUAAACAACCCAUGCCACCUUCUUGUCGUCAUCCAUGAGCCAUCCGUCCGCAGUCUCAUGGACUCUUUCUACUCCUGCCUCGCCGGCAUACGCCAUGCAUCUUCGACCGAUUCGGCCGUCACCAAGCUGAACCCCUGGCAUGCUGCCCUCAUCCUGAGCAUUGCCGCCACGAGCGCCGCCCUGCUCGACGAGGGGAUGUUGAACUCGUCAGGAUGCAGCUUCACUUCUACUGAAGAAGCGACCCGGUCGUCCUUGGCGUGGGGCCGUGCAGCCCAGCAGAUUCUCGAGGAGGCACGCGAGACGGCCGCGAUGGGAUCUACAUCUCUCGAGGAGGUGCAAGCUCGUGCCAUUCUUGCCUACCUCGUUUACAACCGGGAAGGCUACUCGGCGCGCUUCCGUUUCUUGCACAGCUGCUCCGUGGCGGCGGCGCGCGAGGCGGGCUUGCACGUCGUCGAGAGCGGCCGAGCCGCUGCCGAGGAGCCAUGUAUUGACAGGGUCACUCGACGAGAGAUCAAGCGGCGGUUAUGGUGGCACAUCACAGCGACGGACUGGAUGAGCGGCGUCAUGGGCGGGCCGUUUGACGGCAGCUACACCAUCCACCCGCGGCACAUGCGCACACGGCUUCCGCGCAAUUUAAAUGACAACGAUCUGUCGGCCCUGGCCGCGCGACACGAUGCUGACACCGUAACGUUUCCUCUCAACGUGCCCACUCAGAUGUCGUGCUUCCUGCAGCGAAUCCGCCUGGCCGAGAUCUGCCGUUCCAUAAUUGACGCACGCGAGCCUAGCCAUCCCGACGAGGACGUGCUGAGCUGCGCCCGCGCGCUCGAGCUGGACAGCCUGUUCCGGAGCGCCCUCGACGACUUCCCUCCCUUCAUGCGCCUGGACGCCCCCGUCCCACCCGGCGCGCCCUGUCAUUUUCCCCUCCAGCGGGCCAUCAUCAACAUCGCUUUUCACUCGCGCCGCGCCCGCCUGCACCGCCCCUUCUUGCUCAACGGGUACCAGCCCUGGCCAGCUCACCACGCGCCCACUCACGACGGGCGCCAGCGGGAACAAUACCAGCAGUGUCGCAUCACGUGCCUGGACUCGGCUCGAGCCGUGGUUGAGAUUGUCGUCGCGCUCUUCGAGGCCUCGCUAACCCAGGCCAAAUCUGAUCAGGCCGCCGGCGCCGGCGCCGGCGCCGGUUUCCCGUCCUCACCGUCGUCGCACGGACGGCCCCUGGCCCACCGUUUGGCCAUCUUCAUCAGCCACCUCUUUGCGGCGUGCACCGUGCUCGCCUGCGCCCUCCAUGCUCCCAAGACCACCGAAAGCGCCUCCGAUAAGGCCGCCACCAACGAGUUAGUCAUCAAAGAAGAUCUCAGUCGUGCCUGCCGUGUUCUUGAGGCUGCCGGCCGGGAGUCACCCGUUGCUGCGCGGCUGGUGCAGGCCCUGACUAACUCUCUUCGCCCCUCCCGUGACAAGAACGCCGCCGCCACUGAUGGGCUGGAUGACCAGCGCGCGCAUUACCCACACGUCUCUUGCGCAGAUUCUGCUCCUGCCUCUACCUCCGCCGACUUCACAUCCGUCCGAGGUCAUCAUCGAGGUGUUGUUUCUGCCGGUGGGAACGCACAGACGCAGGCACACGUGGGAGGAGGAGGGCGAGCAGGAGCAUAUGCCGAUGCCGGCGGCAACCCCGGUAUCGUGGAUUUUGGACUCGAUGCCUUGUGGUCCGACUUCCCGGGCAUGCUUGGCUCGGCUGACAACUGGGACGAGCUCUUCAGUAGCAUUGACUCCUCGUGUUGAUGUCCUCGCCACCACACGGAAGUGCGGCGGCCUCAACUGCUUGAGUGUCUCAUGCCUACUGCCAUUUGGCUCCAAGAAGACUCGCAGAGCGCGCUUGCGCUGGGAGCAGUGUCGUUUAGAUGAAUGCAUUGGUUUGCCAGUCUUGCGACCCCGCCGAGAACAUCUCCGCUAUUCUAUCCGUACAGGUCGGGGGUCAAAUCUAUCAUGAAAGAAGGUCUUGGAAUAUGUAGUUAAUCCGGAGGAAGUUGAAAUGCUCCUAAGCAUCACGGCAGUGA